AUGGAGGCCCUGCAGAGGCAGCAGGCAGCCCGGCUGGCCCGGGGGGUGGGGCCUCCGGGUCCCCCUCGCCCUCCGCCCCCAAGGCCUCCCUUGCCGGGACUCCUCCAGACCCUGCAGGCCCCUGAGGGGGCCUUGGGUAAGGUUGGGGCUGAGGAAGAGGAGGAUGCUGAAGAGGAGGUGGAAGGGGAGGAAACGAGCGCCGAGGAUACAACAGAGGAGAGUCGUCCAGGGGCCAGGAGCCCCAGUUCUUCGCCUGCCAGCCAGCUCCCUGAAGCCCAUCCCCACGAGUGGACCUAUGAGGAACAGUUCAAGCAGCUGUAUGAACUUGAUGCAGACCCCAAGAGGAAGGAAUUUCUGGAUGACCUGUUUAGCUUCAUGCAGAAGAGGGGGACGCCGGUAAACCGCGUGCCCAUCAUGGCGAAGCAGGUGCUGGACCUGUAUGCCUUGUUCCGCCUGGUGACCGCCAAGGGUGGCCUAGUGGAAGUCAUCAACCGCAAGGUGUGGCGGGAGGUGACGCGAGGCCUCAGUCUACCCACCACCAUCACUUCGGCCGCCUUCACCCUGCGUACCCAAUACAUGAAGUACCUGUACCCUUAUGAGUGCGAGACGCGAGCGCUCAGCUCGCCCGGGGAGCUCCAGGCCGCCAUCGACAGCAACCGGCGCGAGGGCCGUCGCCAAGCUUACACGGCCACGCAGCUCUUCGGCCUGGCUGGGCCGCCUCCUCAGGUGGCUUCCGGCCCCGCCCCGCCCGGGGCCCCGCCCGGCCCCGCCCACAGCUCCGCCCCCGGACUACCUGCGCACGCAUGCGCCCAGAUAAGCCCGAGCCCGGUAAAGAAAGAGGAGAGCGGAAUCCCCAGCCCUCGCAUGGCAUUGCCGGUGGGUCUGGCCCUGGGACCCGUGCGCGAGAAGUUGGCACCGGAGGAGCCCCCGGAGAAGAGGGCUGUGCUGAUGGGGCCCAUGGACCCAACUCGACCUGGCGCACCCCCCAGUUUUCUGCCCCGUGGCAAGGUCCCCUUGAGGGAGGAGCGCCUGGACGGGCCUCUCAGUCUGGCAGGCAGUGGCAUCAGCAGUAUCAACAUGGCUCUAGAGAUCAACGGGGUGGUCUACACUGGUGUCCUCUUUGCCCGCCGCCAGCCUCUGCCAGCUUCCCAGGGUCCAACCAACCCUGUGCCCCCACCCCCUGCAGGGUCCUCUCCCAGCGCCUCACCCUGA